UUAACCGCGUCUUUCCGAGCCGGAGAGAGAGAGACGGAGGAAAAGUUAGUUCAAGAUGGCAAAUCCCUCAGACCCGGAGUGAAGGGGCACCGCUCCCCCGAGAAGCAGCUCAGCGAGUCGGCCGUCCCGAGACAGACCCGCCCGGCGAUGAGAACCGCGCCCGGAGGCGUGCGAGGGAUUCCCUGAAGAAAACAUGCCAGUGAGGCUGAUGUGACACAGCGUGUGCUGGAAGAGAGCUGACUCAUCAAAUAUCAAUCCCUCCGAGAGCGACCAGGCAGCCGAGAGCAGCUCAUAUCUCCUAAUGCCUUGCUAGAGGAGCAGUCUCACAAACCCCCCCCAGCACCAGCAGCAGCACCAGCGGAGAUUAAGACGGUGCAGAAACAUCUCCUGCAGGAUUACAUCCAACGCCGGCUGUGGGUGAAACACAUCUCGGCACUAAAAGGCUUCUGCUCCAGCUAAUAAUGACAAAGCUGAGAAUGGCAGUACAGUGCAUCAGCUGAACUUCACACUAGCACGCCUCCCUCCCUAACAACCAGCUGAUAGGACCUCCUCUGCCAGUGUUACCCAAACCCCUUUAGCCUCCCCCAUCCCCGGCACCACAGUCAGUCCGCCCUUCAACCCCCCCGCCUCGCAGACCAUGAUGUUUCGUGAUCAGGUGGGCGUCCUGGCCAGCUGGUUCAAGGGGUGGAACGAGUGCGAGCAGACGGUGGCUCUGUUGUCCCUGCUGAAGAGGGUGAGCCGGACCCAGGCCCGCUUCCUGCAGCUGUGUCUGGAGCACUCCCUCGCCGAGUGCACCGAACUGCAGGUCCUGGAGGGAGAGGCCAACAACCCAGGCGUGAUCAGCCAGUGGCAAAGCGAGCCCAAGGAGCGUGUCAUCUCGCUGGUCCUCACCCAUCUCCCACUGCUCAAACCUGGCAAUGUUGAAGCUAAAGGCGAGUACAUGCGCCUGCUGCCUCGCAUCCUGGCCCACACCAUCGAGCAUGGCCACCACCUGGAGGAGUCUCGCCAGCUCCUGUCCUACGCCCUCAUCCAUCCUGCCACCUCCUUGGAAGACCGCGCUGCCCUGGCACUCUGGCUCAACCACCUGGAGGAAAGGGCCGCUGCCCGGGGAGACUCCCUGGAGAGGCCUCCUCCUUCUGGGCCGCACCACCACCACCAUCACCAGUCCACACCACCAUCCACCCUCACCUCAUCAGGAUCCUCCUCCUCCACUAACACCUCUUCAUCGAGCAACCUGUACUCGCUGCAUCACCACCAACGCUACGGCUCGGACGACCGCCUCAAUGGUUGGCAGAGCUCCAGGGAUUCGGGGCUGGGAGGAGGGUGGCAGCAGCCGGGCUGUGAGAAUGGGCAUCUGCUUCUUUACCCAUCAUCCUCUGUGCCGGCCACCAUAAACACAGUUGGAACCAGUGGAGGUGGAAACACCAUCCUGACGAGUGGAGGUGGCAGUCAGCAGCACAGUCCCCUGAAGCGCUCCGUGUCCCUAACACCUCCCAUGAGCGGCCCCAGCAGCCAGCCCCUGGGCCACGUCUGGCUCUCCCAGGAGGACCUGCGGACCGCCAGGGGCCCGGCCCCGGACCACGCACCCCUCUCGCCCCAGAGCAGCAUCGCCUCCUCGGGAAGUGGAGGCAGUGAGCAUCUGGAGGAGGCUGGUUUGGGAGGAGGCUCGGGUCUGCAUCGCAGCUCCUUCCACGACAACGGCAGUGGCAUGAGGGAUGUUCCCUCGUGGCUGAAGAGUCUCCGUCUCCACAAAUACGCCGCGCUCUUUUCCACCAUGACCUACGAUGAGAUGAUGUCGCUGACUGAAGAGCAGCUGGAGGCGCAGAAAGUUACGAAAGGAGCCAGACACAAGAUUGUCAUCAGCAUUCAGAAGCUUAAAGAGCGACAGAACCUACUGCGCAGCCUGGAAAAGGACGUGUUGGAGGGCAGCAACCUGCGCGCCCCGCUGCAGGAGCUGCACCAGAUGAUCAUGACGCCUAUCAAGGCUUUCAGCGGCGCCGAGGAGGCCUCCCUGCAGCGCCUCCUCCUGAGUCCUGAGGGCAAGAGCGCUGCGCCCGGCUCCCACCUCACAGGGGGCGGCAGCGGCGAGGCUGAGUCGGGGACAAGCGUCAUCGCAGAGGGGGAUUUACCCGGCCAGUUCACACGCGUCAUGGGCAAAGUUUGUACCCAGCUACUGGUGUCGAGGUCGGACGAGGACAACAUCAGCUCCUACCUACAGCUCAUUGACAAGUGCCUUCUCCACGAGUCCUUCACCGAGACGCAGAAGAAGAGGCUGUUGUCAUGGAAACAACAGGUCCAGAGGCUGUUCCGGUCCAUUCCCAGGAAAACCCUCCUCGACAUAGCAGGGUACCGACCGCAGAGAAGCCGUUUUGGUCAGUCCAACUCUCUCCCCACCGCUGGCUGUGUUGGGGGCAGCGUGUCGGUCAGGAGGAGCCUUCGCCAGUUCCAGAUGCCCUCCAGGAGUUUGCCGGGUGCCAGGCUGGGCCUGUUGGGAAGCGGGGGGCUGCUGGGACCCACACCUCGCAGCUCCAGCAGCACGCCGACCGGCCCCAAGCAGGGGAGACAGGGUCUGUGGUUUGCCAACCCCGGAGGAAGUAACAGCAUGCCGAGCCGGACCCACAGCUCUGUGCAGAGGACCCGCUCCCUGCCGGUUCACACCACGCCACAAACCAUGGUCAUGUUCCAACAAGCUGAUCUUCAGUUGCCUGUGACAGAACCGGACAUCAACAAUCGCCUUGAGUCUCUGUGUCUGAGUAUGACAGAGCACGCCUUGGGAGACGGUGCUGACCGCACAUCAACAAUAUGAAAUGAGGACCUGAGUGAGAGCAGCAGGACGCCGCAGGUUCACGAGGCUCUCUCACGAAAAAGUGACCUCGAGGUCACCAGCCCUCCCGUCCCCUCUCCCUGUGGCCAAUGGUAGAGCUCAACCAAAGGACCGGGCGGGAUCCAGGAAACACAAGCGAGCCGAUCAUCACACGGCGAACACAAGCGACCACAUUGGCACUGACCAUCGGGUUGGAGAACAAAAAACGCACCUCCUGCUCCGCCCGCAGUCACCUGCAUCAACGGCCUGGACAGUGUGUGCGUGUGUGUGUGUGUGUGUGCGUGUGUGUGUGUUUGUGUUUGUGUGUGUGUGUGUGUGUGCAGCCCCCCCACCCCCCACCCCCUCGCCUGCAGUCCUGUCAGCCACGGCAGAAAGGGAGAUGCUGGCCUGUGGAUCAGGGCCCAGUGAGACUGAGUCCCCUUCCCCACACGACACCUUCUGGUCCCCGCACACUGACCACAGCUUGUGGCAUCUUUCAAAUCCAUAACAGUACCUCAGACCCGGAAACAAGAGGAGACACGAGGACGCAGACGGAAGUUUAGGAUUUCCAGCGAGGACAGAAAGGCCUCUUGCUCAGCGUUGGGUGGCAAAAAAAAAAAAAAAAUCAUUUAUUUUUGUUGUAUGUAUUUAUUGUUUACAUAAUGUUGCUACUUUCAAAGGGUACAGAAACAUGUAUGACUUUCAAUAUGACUUGUGUAAUAUUCUGUAAAGCCUCGGCCGUGCACCACCUUCACGUCCCACAAGUAGCUAGUUUACAACCAACAUGCUUUUUCUUUAUUUUAUCAGCCAAGAACAAAGAGACAGUGACCUGGGGGGGGGGUGAGAAGUAAGGAGGAAGAGCAGAUGUGAGAUAAGGAGGACGAGAGGAAGAAGGUGAGGAGGAGAAAGACAAAGAAAGUAGAAGAGGAAAGAAUCGAGCUGAGGUGACGGUGGAAAGGGAAGCGGAUGUUUCAGAGAAAGACGUCAGAGGCAGGACCUUUGAUUGGCUGGAGGUGACGGAGGAAGAUGAUGUCAUGUCUAACCGUGUCGUGAGUUGGAGGUGAAGCUGCAUAUCGUGUAUCCGCAGCUAUGAGCUGUAAGAACUCUGUGAAUUCAGAGCUUUCGUGAAAAAAAAAACGUUUUUUUUUCGAAAAGACAUAAAUGGGAGAUUUUGAGGCGGCGGCCGUGUCGUCAGUGGGAUCUGCCUGCACGUCCAGAUGCUGGGUUCAGUUACUUUCUCUAAACGCAGGGUGAAAUGCUUAAGCUGCAUGUUCCAGCUGAAUGUCUUUCUCAGAAGAUUGUGAAAUGUGCGAAGCAGGAAAACAGAAACAGGAGGUCGGUUUGGUUUCCACGCGGACCGCGUUGCCGAGGCCGAUUGCAACACCAGAGGAGUGACACACUGUCGAUCCAUGAAGGGAAGUCGUCCCAGAGAUUGUCCCGUUAGUGCAGACUUCCGCCUGCUGGCCGGUCCGUGGACACGCAGGCUCGUCCGCUCACAGAUCGUCUGUCAGUGCAAGCCCACGUGGAAUAUAUUUUCCUUUUUUUUUUUAGAUUCUGAAUCUCACGGUUUAUUCUGUGUCUUAAUAUUUAUCCUCAGUUUAUUGUGUAUGGAAAACAGACUUUAUACGAAUAGGUUUAUAUUGAAAUAAGCUGGUUAGGAAUCUCCUCCCUGUGCCAUACAGAGACUCCUGAGUGGUCGUCAUCGAGGGCUAUUGAUUAUUAUUGUUGUUGUUUAGGUUCUUCUGUAGUUUGUUGCAAUUCAAUAGAACUUUCUUUGUAUCCUGCACUUGAUAAUGUGAUAACACUAAAAAUCCAAAGGUUCAAGGCUCAAGUUACAGUUUCGUGCUUCGGAGUCGGAUGAAACGAAGCAGAUUGAAGAGACGAGCUCGACUCUGAUGCUCGACGGAAAAGACAGAGGUCGAGCGGUCGAAUCACAAAAGGUGUCGAUGUUCGAUCCCGCAGCAGAGACGAGAAGCUCCUGGUGCGUCUGAGACUAAGUUCAUGUUUGUGCAUGUUUUAACUCGUCUGACAAAAAGCCAUUGGUUUUAUUAUGGUCAGCUCAGGUGCAGGGUUUUUAUUUUUAAUCUGCACCUGUAGUUAAAUUACCCAAAUAAUAAUUUGGACAAAGUGAUGGAUGAACUUUUUCACAGGUUACCUGCGAGUUUAACUAACCAGCAGUGAUGCGUUCAGGGUCUGACCUGGAUCAUAGGAGAUAAAACAUGCAGAAGCUAUCGACUGGUUGAACGUGACGUCAGAUCUCUGCACACACACAGACACACACAGACACACACAGGUUUAGUGUGUGAGGGAACGAACAUGAAGAUUCCACCAAAGCACGAAUGUGACGUGAACCUUUUCAUCCUGAAACUGGCGUCGCACGUUUGACGUCGUUUUUAUCUGAUGCUCUUCAGCAUCGAGAUCUCAUCACACUCACUGUCUGAGUGUCACUGCCACAUGAAUCAGUACUUAAAUACAAUUAUUUAUUCUUUUUAUUUCAUAAUUUUUUGCAGAGGUGAUACUUUUACUCAUUUAGGUGUAUUAUUAUUUAAAGUACCAUAUGUAUUAACAUGUUAUGGCUGGUGACCAUACGUACAUCUCAAAUAUUAACAUAGUUAUUGUUGACUUCUCUCUGUUGUUGUUUUGUUGCCGUUGUUGCUCUAUAACCAUGUUUGUAUCUAUCGGUGUCAUGUUGAGGUUUUGUUUUUGAGAAGUUUCCGUCUCACGUCAGACGAGCUGUCGGGCAAAAGAAAUAACCGAAACCAGUGGUGCGGUUUCCUUUUGUUGUGGUCUGUAGCGGGCCAGGAAGUAGACGGGUCCACUCCGGGCCUUCGUAGACUAGGAUGUGAGAUGUGGAGUCUGAACUCGGUGCUGUGGACGUGUUAUUCACUUUAAGACUUUCAGUGGGAGACGAUGUCCAGAUGUGUUACUUUGAGCAUGAGCGGCUUUAUUCUGUAUUUUUCUUAUUGUGAACAAAUCCCAUGAAAAAGACAAAUUCAACAACUUGUUCUCUCAGUAUUUUACAUUUUUAGUCAAAACUUUCCGUGUGUGUGUGUGUGUGUUUCUCACCGAUUCUGAUUCAUACAAUUGUAGAAACAGUUUGAAAAUAGGAGGUUGUGUUUUCUUUUUGUGUGUCUGUUUGCAGGAUUACACACAAACUACUGAACUGAUUCCCAUGGUUUCAGGACCAAGGGAGAACUCACAGACUUUUGGAGCAGAUUUGAUUAAGAGGUUGAAUCCAGGAGUUCCCAUUAGAAGCUCAUUUCUAGAGCUCAUUGUAAAAUUGGGUGAAUUGAUUUAUAAGUGAUGACUUACUGACUUUGCAAUGUUAAAGAAAGUAGAUCUGCAGCUUAAUCUACAUCUGCACCAAAAAUCUGUUUAGUGGUUUUUGUGUAAUCCUGCGUACAAGUACACAAACGGGUGUCAACAACUUCCUCGGCCGGAGGGAAUAACCCACAAACAGGAAGCGACUACUUCCAGCAGGUUAAUUCACAUCUGACACCACAACAGAUGUGUUUGUUUCCAACAGAGGAGAUGAACUACAGUGUAUGAAUGUACAUGACAUGACAGUUUAACACACACAGACACACACACACACACUCAGUACUUGUUAAUUGAUUAAUUGGUGAUUUCUGUCUUUUCAUGGGAUUUGUUGACGGGAAGAAAACCUCCCGCAGCCUUUAAAUGGUUUUACAUCACCUGUUAAAUCGAAACCUGCAGCCGUUCAAUAGGAAACACAAUCCAAGGGAUUAUCGAACCUGUAUUAUUUUUAUUGACUUUCAUAUCAAACAUAUUGAUGCAAAGUUCGGGAGCUUGAAUUCCGCUUUCUCAUCUGUUGCCACGUUUUUUUUUUCUGGAGCUAGCGUUCAACCGGUUUACGUGAUUAUUUUUCUGGAUGAAGUAACAGAGCAACACGUUUUGUAUUUUAGAGUUCAAAUCGCCGCCUGUGGUUUUCCUGCAGCAGCUCUGGGUCAAGGAGGCGUCUGAACCCGGAGCGGGACGCUGGAGGGGUUCGGCUCCGAGGUUCUGGAUCAGUACGCGUCUCCAACCAAAUGCUUUAUUUAGACUUUCCUCUGAACGCAUAUCAGCUCGGUGGGGGGUCCAGGGAAGCUUCUGCCGCUGUGCACUCUGCAGUAUUAACAGUUAGACAACGCCUCGUUAUUCCAAAAAAAAAAACCCUACGUACUCUAAGUCGAGACAUAUAUGCUGUUUUGUAUCUUUCUGUUUUCAUGGAUUCUGCAGUUUAUUCAGUUUGUGUCGAUGAGGAAUGAAGAGUUUCUUCUUGUUUUGUAAAGCAGCUCGACUGUGCUCCUUCACUUCAUUUAGUUUUAUUUUAUCAAAGAGCCGAUGUCCUGUAUUGACUGCAGGCUUACGUAUAUAUUUGACAAAAGAAUAUUGUAUGUUUAAUAAUAAAAAAAAAACCCAGAAAAAAGACAAAAAAAAAACUGAGGAAAACAAAAAAACCGCAGAGAAAAAGAAAAGGAGGGAAUUGAGAGAGAGAGAACAGGUGUAAUUUAUAUUUUAAAAACUGCAUGCACAAGGCUGGGAAAGUCAUAUUUAGAAUAACAAAUGGCAGUGCCUUCUUUUUGUACUCGAGACAUUUACCCCAAAAUGUAAAUGGUUUUAUAUGGACGUUAAAAAAAAAAAAGAAAAGGUGAAAUGUUACAGCAGCCGUGUCGGCUCACGUUCACACUGCAGCUCAGAGCGAUGACGGAUUUCCUUUGUUCUUAUUGUCUUUCCUUUGAUCUGAUGUAUGGUCGCGUGUCUUUCUGCCUGAUCACUGUGCCUUAAUCCACUGACAGUUCAGCCCUAACGUUGUUUUUAUUUUCAAUUCAUUUCUCAACUGUUAAUUUCCUCGUUCUCUCAAAAAGUAAAAAAUAUUCACCCACAGAGCCCAAAUUUAUUCCUUUUUGAUUUUAUUCCUUUUUAUUUUGUGUUUUCCAUGGGAGCUGUAACCAUGAUACAUUGAUUCUUACAAUUCUUAAACUAUGACAGUUUAAAAAAACAACCUAAAUCACUUCUGCAUCAGUGAGAUGCUUCAGUUUCACCCUGAGAUCAUUGUGCACACUCAGGUUUUUACUGAUCCAACGUGCUGCAGGUGAUGAUGUUCUUUUGAUUCAAGUUUUAUUUAUUUCUUCAGAAACCAUCCAACAUUUGUUGAGUUCUCACAGGAGAAGAAAAUUCUCCUCGUGUUGCUUGAAAAGCCAAAAAAACCCGUAAACUCCACUCUGUGUUUCUCCUUGUUGUCGUUGAUGAACCGCUUUUAAAAUGGGUUCAAAUUUUUAAAAAACUAGCUUCAGUAUUUUCUAAUGAAUAAACCUUGAAUGUAUAUUUUGGCUUUAAAACCUUCACAUCCUCCAAUGACAGCAGCUUCGUGUCUGACAGACUAAAUGUGAAAGUCAAACUUCCACCUGAACGUUGAAGCAGUGUGAGCGUGAGCUGCUGUUUCUGUUUUCUGUAGGUACUUUUAUUUUUAAUGCUGAUAUGAAGUUAUGAAUUAUUCUGGUCUGUACAAAAAAAAAAAAUUGUGUGAGUGGGAGUGUGUGACAGUGAGGAUGUGUGUGUCUGUGUGUGUGUGUGUUGGGAAAAAAACGUUCAAGUGUUUUUAUUUCAAUGUCUCUUGCUGUAAUUUUGUCGCGACAAACCAGAAUGCUGUGAUUUGGCAUGCCCCCGUUAUACAUAAAGAAAAAAAGUUGUAACUCCU